AUUAGGUAUAAUUAAAAAUAAGUAUCAAUAUUCUGAUUCUAUGUUUGAAGUAGAAGUGCAAAGUUGGUUUAGAACUGCUAAAACUCGAUAUGACAGGACAAACGCUGUUAAGAGUUCAUAAACGCAUUAAAGAUAUUGGAAGUGUAUCUAAACGUCAAUUUCAGAGGCGUAUUAAAAAUAAAUUACAAUUACUUCUUAAUAAUAAUCCAGCAAUACCCAUAAAUCCUGAUAUCCAAUCUUCAUCACAACUAACAAAUCUUUUCAUACUUUCAAAAGCAUCUUCCAAUGAAGAAAUUAACUCAAUCAAUUGUAUUGAGUCAUGUCCUUCUAUGAAUGUUUUAACUAACAAUUUGCAGACUAAUCAAUUUUAUAAUUUCAAUGAUUUUCCUGAAGACAUCCAGCCUGUUAAAAAUAUACUGUGUGCAACUAGUUCAAUCAGAGACAAAAAUAAAGAUCUUGUACAACAACUUCGAAAAUGGGCAGUGCAGUCAAUGUAUCUCACGCGUGUGCUAAUAAAAUGUUAGAAAUCCUGAGAAGUUCAGGUCUACAAGUUCCUAAAGAUAUUCGAACAAUCCUGCAUGAAAAUAAGGUUAUUAGGCCUAUUCUAGAAAUUGAAAAUGGAUCUUAUCUCGAUUUAGGUAUUUAUAAUAUUGUACAACCUCAUUUAGUUAAAGAAAUAGAUAGUAUUCCUAAUAAUACUACAAUAAAAUUGGGUUUUAGUAUUGAUGGGUUACCUUUAGCUAAAAGCUCUAAGACUCAGUUUUGGCCUAUUCUUCUAUCAUUCAUCAAUGUACCAAUCUUUUCAAACAAAAUAUUUCCUGUUGGUAUUUAUCACAGCUUUAAAGGCAAACCCAGUAAUGUAAACGAGUACUUACAGCCAUUUAUUAAUGAGCUAAAUAGUAUUUUAACAUCAGGUAUUAAAAUUAAU